AUGCUGGAAGUUCACAUCCCCUCGGUGGGGCCCGAGGCCGAAGGGCCCAGGCAGAGUCCAGAGAAAGGCCACAUGGUGUUCCAAGUGGAGGUGCUGUACAGCGGACGCAGACACACCGUGCCGCGACGCUACAGCGAGUUCCACGCUCUACACAAGCGGAUCAAGAAACGGUACAAAGUGCCUGACUUUCCCUCAAAACGCCUGCCCAACUGGAGGACCAGAGGAUUGGAACAGCGCCGGCAGGGCUUGGAGACCUAUAUCCAGGGCAUCCUGUACCUGAAUCAGGAUGUACCUAAGGAGUUACUGGAAUUCUUAAGACUUAGACACUUUCUGCCUACAGACUCCAAGGCCAGCAGCUGGAGCACCCUGGGGGAAUUCCUGCCUAGUGACACCAGCUCACAGCUGCAGCACCAGCCGGUCAUUGGCUUCUGUAUGGAUCCCUACAUUUACACCCAGUCACCAGAACCUCUCCCAGAAGUGGUGGUGGAUGGUGUGCUCCAGGGUCUCUAUGGCUUCAGCACCAGCCCGGCCCCCGCCCAGCCAGAGGCUAACCGUCACUCUGCUCCAUCACCAGUACCCUGACUAGCCCAGACUU